AGAAAAGGGCAGCGCUUUGACGCCAAGGCGUGCCACGUGACCCACUUCGCAGCUGUGAUUGGUUUAGGAGACGAUCAAACACUAAAGUAGAGCAGAGGUGACGACUCCGGUUUGUGUCUGUUGCAGGUUCAUCAGGACAAUGCUCCUCAGUAAGGUUUUCAGAGCCAGCCUGCAGUCGGGGAUCCGUCUGCAAAGUUCCAGCGCUGCUACAGCCAAAGCCUCAGCAGCCUCCAGCAGCUAUGGGUCUCUUGGGUUUUCCUUUGAGAUGACGGAUCAACAGAAAGAGUUCCAGCAGCUGGCGAGAAAGUUUGCUCGUGAGGAGAUGAUCCCUGUUGCUGCUGCUUAUGACAGAAGUGGUGAAUAUCCAUUCCCGAUCAUCAAGAAAGCGUGGGAGCUUGGACUCAUCAAUGGUCACAUUCCACAGGAAUACGGUGGAAUGGGGUUAUCCAUCUUUGACAGCUGCCUCAUCACAGAGGAGCUGGCCUACGCCUGCACAGGGAUGCAGACCGCCAUAGAGGCCAAUUCUCUGGGACAAAUGCCAGUCAUUAUUGCUGGCAAUGAUGCACAAAAGAAGAAGUAUCUUGGGAGGAUGACAGAGGAGCCUCUAAUGUGUGCCUACUGCGUCACUGAGCCCGGAGCGGGCUCUGAUGUAGCUAACAUCAAGACGCGAGCUACGAAGGUGGGUGACGAGUACGUUGUUAACGGCCAAAAGAUGUGGAUCACCAACGGAGGGAAAGCAAACUGGUACUUCCUUCUGGCCCGUACCAACCCAGAUCCCAAAUGUCCAGCAGGUAAAGCUUUUACUGGCUUCAUUGUAGAUGCAGACACUCCAGGAAUUCAAGUAGGAAGGAAGGAGAUGAACAUGGGCCAGAAAUGCUCUGACACCAGAGGCAUCACCUUUGAGGAUGUGAGGAUCCCAAAGGAGAAUGUCCUGAUCACGGAAGGAGCUGGCUUCAAAAUCGCCAUGGGGGCCUUUGACAACACCCGCCCACCGGUGGCAGCCGGAGCAACAGGCCUGGCUCAGAGGGCUCUGGAUGAAGCUACCAACUACGCUCUGGAGAGGAAGACCUUUGGCAAGGCUAUUGCUGAGCACCAGGCGGUGUCGUUUAUUCUGGCUGAGAUGGCCAUGAAGGUGGAACUGGCCAGGAUGGCCUACCAGCGCGCCGCAUGGGAGGUGGACCAGGGCCGCAGAAACACCUACUACGCCUCCAUCGCCAAAGCCUUUGCUGGAGACAUUGCCAACCAGGUGGCCACAGAUGCCGUCCAAGUUUUCGGAGGCAACGGCUUCAACAGCGAUUACCCAGUGGAGAAGCUGAUGAGGGACGCAAAGAUCUACCAGAUCUAUGAAGGAACGGCUCAGAUCCAAAGGCUGAUCAUUUCCAGAGAGCACCUUGGAAAAUAUAAGAAAUGAGCCCAGCUGAGUGGACGGUCCAUGUGCUCCUCUCUGCUUUUCUGUACACAAUCUUACUGUUCAAACAGACCCGCCCGUUAAAAGUCAGGAUGCAGCUCAGUUGUUUGCCUUGCUGUCGAUUCGUGCUUUGUUUGAUCAACGUAACACAGCUCUGAAUCCAUGCUAACUUAGUUUCUAUCCUGAGAGGAUUUUUUUUGUCAUUACCCGUCCAGUAGGUCUCAGCAGGUCGGAGUUCCUGGCAAAGACACAGAAACCUGUUUCGGUUAAUCACAUAAGGAAAAAUAUGCUUCAAAGAUAGUUUGCAUGUCAUGUCCCACACUAAGAGAGCUAAAAGUAUCAAAUCAGUGCAGCUCUGCUCUGUUUGCUGUGAAAAUUGGUCGUGUAGAUUUUAAACAGAGGCAUCACUUUAGACUGUAUCAACCCCCAUACUGCAGUAAAAUCCUGAAUAACUUUGUUUUGCCUAAUUUUCAAUGUUUAUUUUGUAAAAUAACCGUUGAGAUUAAUCUCAUGUUUCCACUAGAAUGUGUAGAGAGCUGGUGCCUAUGCCAACAAAGGCAACUCUUUGUACUUCAGAUUUAAAGACAUGUAUGAUGGUAUCUAGGCUCUCUGUGAAGCAAUAUCAUACCAUUCAUUGUGUGCCUCUUUUUAUUUAAUUUUUUUCAACUAUUCUUCAACACGGGUUUAAAUAAAAAGAAUGAAAGAAAUGCAA